AUGAACGACGAAUCCCACCACGAUGCCGUCACCUAGGUUUAGGGAUGUUCAUCGCCCACCGCGUCGGAUACAAAAGCCAAGCUUCCUUCUCUCUGCCAGAACGAUAGUCAAGAGGAUAUCACGCACGUGAACGAUGCGACUAUGAAAUCAACACGUUACUGGGUUUCCGCCUUCUUUCUUCCCGGUGCUCUUGCUGCCCUUGAUGCCGACGCCAUAGUAAAGCAGUACUUCGGGAACGAUGCGCCAUGGUACCGCGACCGUAUUCCUUUCUUCGAAUCAAGUGAUUCCGAAAUCACUGACGUUUACUACUACCGGUGGAAUAUUUUUCGCGCCCACCAGCGCGAUCUCGGUGCGAACGGCUUCAUCUCGACAGAGUUCCUCAACGAUGUCAGCUGGCAGACCACCCCUUGGGCUUCUCUGAACGACGCAACCGGUUUUCAUCUUCUGGAGGGCCGAUGGUGCCGCGAUCGGCGAUUCAAAAGCGACUAUGCGACAUUCAUGUACAGUCCGAACAGCAACACGCGACAGUUCUCCGAAAGCAUGGCCACCUCUGUUUGGCAGGGGUAUCUAGUCGAUGGCGUCGCAGAGGAUGCUGUAAGGCUGCUGGAUCCUAUGCAGAGUGUAUAUGCUGCCUGGAGUGACUCGUACGACUCUUCUAAGAGCCUCUACUGGGUGGAACCUAUCCGGGAUGCGACAGAAUACACCAUCUCGAGCAUUGACGCCAGUGGCGGGCAAGACGGAUUCUUCGGCGGGUUUAGCUUCCGACCCAGCAUCAACAGUUACCAGUACGCUAACGCCAGAGCAAUCGCCAACCUUGCGGCUCUCAACGGUGGCAUGACGGACACUGUCGAUUCAUUCGACUCUCAGGCCGCCUCGAUCAAAUCUAGGGUACAGGACGCCCUCUGGAACUCUACUUUCGAGCACUUCAUUGAUCGCUACUACGUCAACAACACUUACGUCAAAUACUGGGACUUUAUCCGAGGUCGGGAACUGGUAGGCUUUGUUCCUUGGGCGCAUGAUCUGCCUGACGAUAACUCGGAGUACGCUCAAGCCUGGAAGCAUGCCCUCAAUACCAGCGAACUACAGGGCCCACACGGACUCCGGACCGUUGAACCUAGCUACGAGUACUACAUGCGGCAGUAUCGAUACGAAGGUACGAACCCGGAAUGCCAAUGGAACGGCCCGGUAUGGCCAUUCCAAACGACGCAGGUCCUCACAGGAUUAGCGAACUUCCUCGACCACUACCCCACAGGAGCCUCUGCUGGAGUGGUUGGCACUUCGGACUACACUCGCCUUCUCAAGCAAUAUGCGCAGCUUCACUACAAUCCAGAGCGCGGCGGCAUCUUGGAUCUCGAAGAGGACUACUACCCAGAUACCGGAGCCCCCGUCGUCGGCCUUCAACGCUCGCCGCAUUACUUCCACUCUGGGUUCGUCGACCUCAUACUCACUGGCCUUGUCGGCAUCCGGCCGAGCGCAGACGAUGUUCUUGAGGUCAAUCCUCAGGCUGAUGCUUCUUCCAUCACUUACUUCCGCGCGGACCGAAUUCUAUACCAUGGUCACGAUAUCGCAGUGCAGUGGGACUCCGAUGGCUCGCGCUACGGCCAAGCGGGACUGCAACUCGAAGUCGACGGCGAGGUCGUUGCCUCGUCUCCCGACCUGGCUCGCCUCAAUGUCUCAAUCUCCCGCCUCCCUCCACCACCGAUCUCACGACCUAUCGCCAAAUCAACCCAACUUAACAGCACAUGGCCUUAUCCCAAAGGCAGCGUCUCCGUUCCUGGGGUCAACGACACUGACAUAUAUCGGUGCAUUGACGGACGUAUCUGGUUCUUCCCGCAAUGGGAAGUCGCCAAUGGCUGGAGUACGCCAAUCGGUAAUGGCUCAGAAAUCUGGUUCCAGAUCGACUUUGGGGAGAGCACGACCGUCAAUCGCUCCGAAAUCGCUUUCUUUGCGGAUGAGGAUCAGGGGUUCGAUGUCCCGAUGGAGUACCGGGUCCAGGUCGAGCAGAACGGCGCGUGGAUGGAUGCAAAUGGUGCAAACUACACUGAAUCCGUUGCGAAUGGGAUCACAAAUGCAGAGUGGAAGGCGGUGAAUGCCAACUUGCUCCGGCUCGUGUUCACCCCUAAGAGCGGCAUGAAAGUUAGACUCGUUGAGUUCAAAGUUUUCUGAACACACGAAUAGCAAAGGAAAGCAACGGCGGCAC